UUGAAGAAAUAUGUUCAUUAUCACGCCCGUAUUACACAAUGAAUAGUACGUUAGUUUCAAAUAAAAAUAAAAUCUCUCAACAUGGAAACCACCGUCAACGGAAUUCGCAUCGUGCAUUCGGUAAUACGCAAUCCCACCACCCAUUGACUCCACAGAAAUUCUCCUGGCUUCUGAGACAUUCGGCUGCAGUGGCCGAACAUAUGGAUUCCGAAGCAUUCGUUGGAUUCGACGUGCUGCAGCAAAUCAGUGGCGCUGACAAGACCCGAAUGUUGGAGUUGAUAGCCCAGGACCAAAAGGGACGGUACGAAGUGCGUGGCGAAGAGGUUCGGGCCGUCAACGGGCAUAGUGUUCAUUUUUGUGCGGAUCUCGAGGUGAUAGCAGAUGAUCGUAGGCCGGAAUUCCUGUAUCAUGCCACCAACGAUAAGGCCCUACCGCUGAUCAUGGCAGGGGCGCUGAAAAGAAUGGGUCGCCAUUAUAUUCACAUGUACGAUAAUCCACCGCAGAAAACAGCCGUGCGGUAUCGGGUUCUGAGGAUCAAACCGCCGCCGGGACACACGCUGUACAAGACCAAGAAUGGCUACGUUCAUUGUCGGGAUGAUAUACCGGCCGAAUUCAUUGAAGUUUGGAGUUGAUUUUUGUUAGUUUUGUAUAAUAGGUGUGCCAAUGUUCAGGUCAGCAAUUUUCGUUACCCCUUCUGUUGAUUUGUAAUACGAUGUCUUUUUUAAUUCCAAUAAAAAACUACCGAAAGCCCCUUGAAUAUGUACCUAUACCUAUCAUAAU